UCAGCGCAUGGUCCUUUUUACUUUUCUCACCAGCCUCACAUCUCAGUACGGCAGUAAACGGAAACGCGAGAAACGUUUGAAAUUUUUUUAGACUUUGAGUUUUGGCUGGAUAGUUGUUUGAACUAGUUUCCCGAUGAUAGGAUCUGAACUCUAAAGAUUGGUCGGUGCUUCCAGUGCUGUUUAGUGUUUUCACUGUUUUGCUUGUUAGUUGCUUGUAUGGGUUUGCUUUAAUUUCAAUCGUUCCUUACUUACUAGUUAUUAGGGGCCUCUGCCAUCCAGGGUUUCAAAAAUGUUCAGCUACGGCAGUAAUGCUCGCCCGCGGCCAUCUGCGCAUCCGCGUCCCUUGGCCCCUGCUAGCUCCCUGCAGUCCCUUAUCCCCCGACCAUCGGAUUUCAACAAGAAUAUGUCGUUUUUUGCCAGCAACAAUGAUAUUCACCGUAUGAGCGCGUAUCGCGACUCCAUGUUACCUCAGUCAACUCCUCUGGCCGAGAGAUUUGCACAGGCAGACGCUUCGAGCGUUAACAACUUCAAGCAAGGAUCACAAUACAGCCAAUUCUCACAACAGCCAUCUCACGAAGAAUCCCGUACCACGUCCGCCAGCAUACAGAGCAGUGACUUUAUGGUGCGAGCGUCGAGUAUCGGUGUGUUCGCCAAUUUAUCGCAUCAUUCUGCGGCGCCCUUAACGGAGGAUCCGCGACCGCUAGCGAAUCACGAAUGGCAGUAUCAGGCGAUGACAAAGCUGCUUGAGCUUUUGGAAGCGACCAAUUUCGACUGGAAAAAUCCCAAACAUCGUCUGCAGGUGCGGCAUUUGGUGCCCAUCGAUAGGGCCACGCUUAUCAAGGUGUUCCACCAUCUUCUGGGCGUUCUGUUUGGAGGCUACGAUCCGGGCGAGAAAAAGCUUGAGGAAGAAGUGCCCAAAUGGAGCCAAAAGCUAGGCUAUCCGUACUAUCAGAAAUUGACGAAGAACACUUUAACUUCCCCGAAUAUCAACUCCGCCUGGCCGACGGUGUGCGGAUUUCUCGAUUGGAUGCGGGAAAUCGUGUUAAUGUGGUUGAAUCUCACCGGGUCAAAAUCGCGGCUUGCCGGGUUUUUCAAAAUCCAGCCGGACGGGGACGCGGAUGAUGAUCUAUCGACGGACGCGUUCUUUUAUAAGUUGCGAAUGGAUUUGAUGAUCGAAGCAUAUCAUCGCUUUUGCAGCGGAUACUCGGAACAUGGCAGCGAUGAUGAUCUGAUUCAGGCAUUUGAUCAGAAAUUGUUCGAUAAAUUUGGAGAUUUGAAAGCCAAAGCAGACGGUCUGAAAGCUGAACUGGAUGAGAAGCAGGAAAAGUUAAACGACCGGAUAAAUAAUUACGAAUCAUUGGAAAUCCUGAAGAACCGAUACGAAGCGGUGAUGCAGAGUCGCGCUCAGAACACCGCAAAACUCCAGGAAUAUCAACGAAAUACAACUCAAGCGGAACGCGAGAUUAUUGCUGCUGGUCCGGCAUUGCAGGCUAAAGAAAAAGAAUUGGCUGAAUUGCGAGCCCAAGUUGCACAGCUGGAAAAGCAGGUUCAGACCCAACCGUUAAAGAAGGACAAAGUACUUGAGAUUGAGAACGAAAUACAGAGCCAGAAGGAUGCCAGAAACGAUCUGAUGAAGCAGUUGAGCCAGCUUCAGGCCCGAAUAGAAGAGCAAAUGAUGAAGAAGUCUACAUUAUGCCAUCUUAUGCGGGAAUCAAUUCAGACCGUGAGACGGGCUGUCCUUGAUCUGUGCGGAAAGGUCCCAGCUGUUGGCGUAGUUAACAUUCCCGAUUUCGGUGACCAGACAGAUAUGACGGAAUACAUGGCGGUGAUCAAGAAGACCCUGGAACAAAUUAUGGCUUCUUAUCAAAAGCACUCCGAGGAAACCCGUCAAGCUAACGAUGAAAAAGCCGCUGAAUUUGCUAAGUUGGAGCAGGCCCUUGGAGCACUGAAGAUAGAAGCCGAACGUUAUCAAGUUGAAAAGGAGGGACUGGCAAAAGCGCAAAGUUCCUUUGAGUUAGACGAGAAAAGUCUCCCUGAUCUCAGCAAAUUACUGGAAAAGAAACAGAGUCUGAUGCGCGAACUGUCGGAACGCGAAGCCAACUUGGACAAACUGAACAGUCAGCUGAAGGGCGCCCAGCGCAAGCGAAAUACGAAAGCAUCCACCUUCAAGAAGCUGCAGGGUAGAGUGGCUUUACAUAAGGCCGCCUCGGAAAAAGUCCUGGAAAAGAUUUCAGAGAAACAGCAGUCUCGCGUUGAGCAUUUAAACCGCUAUACUAAUCGAAUGGCCGCUGUGGGGGAAAAAGCUAAACAAGUGGAAGGGCAGUAUAUCCGUGGAAUGACCGAGGCGCUGGAGGGCACCGAUAGCCAGAAAUAGCUGUUUGACGCUAGAAUACGUCGUAGGUUUACAAGUUCGGUUUAUGUUUUUACUGCGUCUUCUCACCUGCUUUCGAUCUUCUGCAUUGGUAUGCUCAAAGUCUUGCGUUCGUUUUUAUGAUUUAUUCUGGUAUUACUAGUUCGCGUUAGAUGUUUUUAAAUUGAGUUUGUCUUACUUGAGUGGAUAUUCUCUACAUUGUACAAAAUAUGGUCACUGCUUUUAUUUUUCUUUC